AUGGUUUCUCAAAAUAAUGAUGACGCACCGACAAGAUGGAGCAGAAGUAAAGCAUCGAGACUACUAACAAUUUACGAUAACAAUCUAAUAAUAAAGUAUAAUGGUCUUGGUCGAAACGAUGAUGAAGCAGCAGCAUUGAUUACGAAUAGCCCAUUUAGAUCUUCAAUGAAUGUUGUAUAUUUUGAAGUGUGUAUAAUAGAAGACGGAUGUGAUAAUGGGCUUGAAGGAAAAAUAGGAAUUGGAUUUGGGACGGCAAAAACCUCAGUAAGACAACUACCGGGAUGGUUUCCAGGAUCUUAUGGAUAUCACGGUGAUGAUGGAAAUAUAUUCCACUCCCAAUUUAACGGUAUUACAUACUCAACAACCUAUGGAAAAGGAGACAUAAUAGGUUGUUGUAUCGACUAUCGGACUCGAUCAGCCUUUUUUACAAAAAAUGGCAUAAAUUUAGGCAUUGCCUUCGAAAACCUUCCAAUAUGUAGAUUUUAUCCUAUGGUAGGUUUACGGUAUCCCGAUCAAAUGAUUGAAGCAAACUUUGGAAAAAAUCCAUUUGCAUUUGAUAUUAAAUUAUACAGAUCACUUGCAUGUCGGAAAUAA